CCCAGACUGGGUGUCAAGGCGGGGAGGGGAUUUCAUCAGGUUCCCUCCCCGUGGGCCGGGCGGCUGGGAACCUGUUGGAACGAUUUUAGUUUGGGGAGGGGCGGAGGGACCGCUGGCGGGGCGGGGACGUCAGGGCCGCAGAGGCAGCCCCUCGGCCCAGGCAUCCUGGCAGGCGGUGGGCAGCCUGUCCUGGCUGGGACAACGUGGGCCUCCCGAGGAAUGUUUCCAAGGUGGUGAACUGUGCUCAGGAAUUCAGGUGUGGGAGCAGAAGAUAAACAGGAGUGGGAGGGCCAGGGAAUGCCACAGUCUGAAAGCACACCUGUGAGCCCUGAAGAUGUCAGAGAUGCUUAAUCAAGGAGGUGCUCCUGGUUUCCGAAGAACAGGGCACACAGACAGGGCUUGAAGUCAGAGUGUGACCAUUGCUGAGAAGAGAGGUAAAACCAACAUGCUGCAGGUGCGACCAACAUUUUCAACUGUUGCUAGCUGCUGAAGUGGCUGAACUACUACAUGUCUGAUCCCUUUGCUGUAUGUGCCGAGGAAGAAAACAGACCCAUGGUGGAGGGAGGACCCAGGACAAUGGCUGCUGAUCAUGAUUUGGAGAUGGAGGAUAUGAAUCUGAAUAUGGAUAGAGACAUGGAAGGAGAGCUGGAAGAAGAGCAGGAAAUGAGAGAGGACGGUGGAGGUGAAGCCUUCAAGAGUAAAAAGGUCCAUAGGGUUGUCUCAAAAUGGAUGCUUCCUGAAAAGGUCCGAAGAACAUACUUGGAGAGAGCUAACUGCCUCCCACCCCCUGUGUUUAUCAUCUCCGUCAGCCUUGCUGAGCUGGCGGUGUUUAUUUACUAUGCCGUGUGGAAGCCUCAGAAACAGUGGAUCACCCUGGACACAGGCAUCCUGGAGAGUCCCUUUACCUACAAUCCCGAGAAGCGGGAACAAGCCUGGAGGUUUGUCUCCUAUAUGCUGGUCCACGCUGGAGUUCAGCACAUCGUGGGGAAUCUCAUUAUGCAGCUUGCUUUGGGUAUUCCCUUGGAAAUGGUCCACAAAGGCCUGCGAGUAGGGCUGGUGUACCUGGCAGGAGUGAUUGCAGGGUCCCUUGCCAGCUCCAUUUUCGACCCACUCAAAUAUCUUGUGGGUGCUUCAGGAGGAGUCUAUGCUCUGAUGGGAGGCUAUUUUAUGAAUGUUCUGGUGAAUUUUCGAGAAAUGAUUCCUGCCCUCGGAAUUGUCAGACUACUGAUCAUCAUCCUUAUAAUUGGGUCAGAUAUGGGAUUUGCUCUCUACAGAAGGUUCUUUGUCCCUGCGGACGGGUCACCGCUGGGGGUAUGUUCUCGAAGAUCUUUUUCUACCCACGAGGCGCAGAAAGGAAAAUGGAUUUGAGUUGAUGCCUGGCUCCCUCACUGUACUAAAUGGCACUGAACCUGCUCUGCAUCCCCAAAGGGACAAGUUCAGAGAACAAGUUGAAGGUGACUGGUAUAACUUAUAAGAAUGAUUUACCCCGACUUAGAAAGAUCUGGGUUAAUCUCUGUUCUAAUUAAAUAUACAUAUUAUGUAUAUGUUCAUACAUAUGUAUACAGUUCAUACAUAUGAACUGUUAAAUUUUAACAGCAUAAAUGAGAUUAUACUAGGGGUGCGGCUCUGUAACUUGCUCUACAAUGUGAUGUUAGAGACUUCCAUUCUCUGAGUUGCGGGAUGAUAAAGAUGUACUGUGGUUAUUUAACCACGCCUCUACUGGACACUGUUGCUGAUUUUGUGUUAUUAUCAACAGUGUUAUGUGCACUUCCUAGGUGCAGGAUACCUUUGAGUAUGUUUGCUCAAUGAAUAUUUUAAGCAUCCAGAAGCAGAAAUGCUGUUAAUUUUGAUAGAUUUAAACUGCCUUUUAAGUAGCUGCAUCCACUUACAUUCUUACUGACAGCAGGUGAUAGUAAGUUUCCUUAUACUUUUACCAAAAGCAGAUACUGUAAAUCUUUGAAAAAAAUCUGCAUUUUGAUAGUGAAAAAAUAAUACUUCCUUUAAAUUUGUAUUUAUCUAACUACUAAUGAGGCUUAGUGUUUUUCAAGUUUAUUAAUAGUUUAUGUAUAAUGUAUAUAUUACACCUAUGUAACAUAUAAUAUACAAAUAUAUGAAUAUAAAUGUAUAAUUUUUCCCUGUAAAAUAGUUGCAUUUAAUCUGAAAAGUAUCUGUUAAUUGGCAAAGAGCCCAGAGAAGGGGUGUCUGGCUGGCUCCGGCUGAAGAGCCUGCCAUUUUUGAUCUCAGAGUUCUGAGUUCAAGCCUCAUGUUGGGGAGUAGAGAUUACUUAAAAAUAAAAAAUCUUAAGGGAAAAAAACAAAAGCUCAGAGAAGAAACAGUCAUCGGUCAUGGCCAACCCAUCAGGUCACUAGCUCUGAAGAGAGAACUUUAAUGACCUAAAUGGAAAUUUAAUUGUUCCUAACAGAAAACUAGACAGAGAAACAGAAUUCAUCUAACUAUGAAAACUUUUUUAGGGGUGCCUGGGUGGCUCAGUUGGUUAAGUGACUGCCUUCAGCUCCAGUCAUGAUCCUGGAGUCCCAGGAUCAAAUCCCACAUCAGGUUCCCUGCUCAGCAGGGAGUUUGCUUCACCCUCUGACCCUCCCCCCAUCAUGCUCUCUCUCUCUCAAAUAAAUAAAUAAAAAAGAAACUGUUUUUAGUCAGAAAGAGUUUUCAGUACUAGAAACAUGGUUCACAUUACCCAAAACAGUGAUAUCUAAUUGGGCUCCCCAGGGGGCAAAAUUACUACAAAAAAAAAGCAUACGAACAUCUGGUGUUUUCAAUUUGACGUCUCUGAAUUAUAGAGGAACCAUCUAUUCAGCUUAAUUUGGGGCUCAGAACUUUAGUCUUCUAAACUGCUAUGUUAUUAGAAAUACUGGAAAUAUUCUUUAUUUAUCCCAACCAAUAAAGUAGCCAGAAGGUACAUGCAGCUCUUAAAUUUUAAUUAAAAUUAAAUAAGAUAAAAACCCCUCAGUUCCUGUGUUACACAAGUCAUGAUGCAAGUGCCCAAUGGCUCUAUGGUAGCUUGUGACUACCUUAUUGGACAGUGCAGAGGGAGUCUGUUUCAGCAUUGUUGCAAAAGUUCUAUUGGACAGAGUGGUUUCAGGAGCAGGAACAAUGAGCACAAAUGAAUUUUAGCAGAUGGCUGACUCAGAUUGAAUUGAACUGCAUUAUACCUGCAACACCUGGGAAGGGACACCUUCAGAGAACAUGACUUGCUUCUCAGAUUUAUCUGAACAGGUUUGUGUUAAUCUCUGUUUUAGCAAAUUAACAAAGAGUUGUUUGAAAUGUUUUUAUUCUUUGCUUCUGAAUUCUGUGGGAUUGAGUCUUUGUAGACUAGUAUUCAUGUCAUUUAGGAAAGCUUCAGAACUUAAGAUUAGUAGCUAAUUUACUGCUCCUUUCAGGAAAUACUAUGCUUUUGUAUCUUAAGGAAAAACAAUUUUUCUGUGUGUGAUUAUAGAAGUGCUCAUGGUAAAAACAAAUUAAAAUACAUGUAAUUUUAAAAAAAUGUCAAUUGUAAUUAUACCACCCAGAGAUUAUCAUACUUAAUAUCUUUAGUUUUUUUUUUUAAAUCAUAGUUAAUACCUUGAUGAAUUUUCUUCUAGGCUUUUUCUUACACAUUUCUACAUAUAAACAAAUAUAUGAUUAUGGGGUCAUACUGUUCUAUUUUAUAAACUGAAACAAUAUAUCAAAUGUCUUUUUUUAAAUUUUUAAUAAACAUAUAUUUUUAUCCCCAGGGGUAUAGGUCUGUGAAUCGCCAUCAAAUGUCUUUUUAUAUUAGUAUAUAUUUAUCAUUUUUACUGGUUGCAUAGUACCAUACUAUAGAUGCACUAUUAUUUAUUAUGUACAACACUGCCUUUCUUGUAGUGAUAAUUACUUUGGACAUAUUCAAUUUGCAAUUAUUAAGAACAACAUGAAUGAUACCAUUGCUUAUACUUUAAAGUGUUUUGGAUUGUUGGAUCAAAGAAUAUGUUAUUAUUAACAUAAUAAAGUCAAAUAGAAAUUUUCUCUA